CCUUAGGGGGGCGGGCUCGCUCCUCCCCAGGGUGGGUGCGGCGGCGCUGCGCCGCUCGGCGAGACAGAGAAGAGCUUGCGCACAGCAAACACCAUCCCCAUCCACCCGUGCCGGCGAUGGACCAGCUCGAAACUCAGGUCAGCGAUCUGCGCUCAUUCCUAGGGGCGGCGCCCGUUCCGCAGCAGGGCGCGGACGAGCUGCGAGUCGUGUCGCCGCACAGCGUCGCCCACCAUUCUGCCGCUCCACUUCGGGUCAGCACUCACCUCCAACUUUCCGAGCGCGGAAUUUCCUCCGCCCAGCAAACACCGCAAACCCAGCACGCCCAGCACGCCCAGCACGCCCAAGAGCCCCAGCAGGCCCAGCAAACCCAGUCCCAGUCACCGGCCAGCACCAUCGUCCCAAGCAGCAAUAACGCGAAGCGGAGAGCCGACGACGCAGAUGGAGCCCCCGCCAAGCAGCAGAGGAGCAAAAGAAAUAGGUACAUCUCGAUUGCGUGCAACGAAUGCAAACGCCGCAAGAUCAAAUGCAAUGGCCAGACGCCGUGCCAGCGGUGCGGCCACCUCAACCUGCAAUGUCUCUACGCCCCGAAUUGCUGCGCCAAUCUCAAGGACUCGGAAGAGUUCCGCCAGAUGGCCGACCAGGUGCGCGAGCUACAGGAGCAGGUCAGCUCGCUCGUUAGCUCCGUAAACUCUCUCCGCCAGGAGACGACCCGUCUCGCCCCUCUGCAAGACCGCGUGCUCCCGCCGCCCUCGGUCAGCCCGUCGUCGGCCUCGUCCGGCCGCCAGCAGAGGACCCCGCUCCCAUUUCGCGUGCCCACUGUCUACAGCGGGCCGACCAGCAUGGCCUACACCGUCGGCGUCGCCAAGAACACGCUCCUCAACAUGGGCUACUCCGGUGCGGCGGGAGACAGCCACGACGACGCCGCCGGACAGCACGAGGCGUCGCCGCAUGCCUCGCCCUUGCUGGCGCCCGCGCCGUCUGAAUCCCUUACCCAGGGCGCUGCCGAUCCCAUCUGGGAGUUUGACGAGGCCGAGAUGAUGCGCGUGAUGGACGUCUACCGCGAGGAGGUCGACUCCAUGUACCCGGUCGUUUCGUUAGGUCCCGCCAUCGAGUACAUGAAGUACGCCGCCGCGUGGACCGACUCGGCGCGCCGCAGCGGCGCCGCCCCGCCCCCCGGCCUCGAGCAGUUCCUCUCGGACCCCAGGACGCUGCUGCUGAAGAUCAUGAUGUGCUGCGCCCUCGUGGUCGCCGAGCACGGCAACAGCGCCAGGGCCGAGCGGCUGUACGACAGCAUGCAGCCCACCAUCGACAAGAUGCUCAUGACCGACCCGGCCGACGUGACGAGGCUGCCGUUCCUCGCCCUGUGCGCCGGCUACCGCUAUCUCUCCAACGACGAGAUCCUCGGCUGGCGCAUGAUGGGCCAGGUCGCCCGCAUGUGCUUCGAGCUUGGCCUGCACCGCCGGGAGGGCCUGCUCAAGAUCACCGACCGGCAGACCCGCCGGGACGUCCUGCACACCUUCUGGUCCGCCUACGUCUUGGAUCGCAGGUGGAGCUUCAGCACCGGCUUGCCCUUCGUUUGCCAUGACGAUAAGAUCGAUCCGAAGCUGCCGUACCCGGAGGACGGCCAUCCGUUUCUGGUGGCCAUGAUCAGCUACACGAGACUCAGCGCAAAAGUAUGGCGCAUGGUAGAUCACUUUGAGCCGACCGUGAUCCGCGAGCUGAAGUCCCGCGACUUUGAGGAGCUUGAUCGCGAGAUCAUGGAAUGGUACGAAUCCGUACAGGAGGAUCUCAAGACGGGCCCGUUAGACCUGGACAGGGUGUCGCUCCCGACGGGUCCUCACGACCUCCGCCGGUUGCGCAUCUGGACUCGACUGAGGCUGAACCAGGUCCGCAUCUGGCUCUACACGCCCGUUCUGCACAGCGCGACCAGCAUGGCCGAGAACGCGCCGCUCGCGCGCAAGGUGGUGGACCUGGCCAAACAGACGAUCCAGCUUCUGGCGCUCAUCAACAGCGAGACGGACCUGUACCGCCGCUUCCAGGUCUUCUACCACCAGUUCCUGACCUCGUCCAUCGCCGUGCUCUUCCUCGCCUCCACCCACGCACCCCUGCAGUUUAGCGCGCUCUGCCGCGACGAGUUCUACAUGGCCCUUGACCUCGUCAAGGAGAUGUCCGCACGCUCCUUCGUCUCCCAACGCCUGUGGCGCACCAUCCGCUCGCUGCGCGAGUAUGCGCCCAAGCUCGGCCUCGGGCUCGCCGAACCGUCGUCUUUUUCGUCGUCGUCGGCGGCGCCGGCGCCGGCGCCGGCGAUAUCCUCCUCCCUGCCCGGCGGCGGGCUUGCCACGUUGGCCGCUGCCGCGCCUCCAUCGCUGCCGUUACCGCCGCCCUACCUACCCGGUGCCUCCUCCACCCAGGGCCAUCACGGUCUGACGGCGCCGUUCGGAGCAAGCGGCCGCGCGGCGGGUAGCGCCUCCUCCCUCGUGCCCAGCCCGUCUGACCCGCAGCAACAGCCGCAGCCGCAGCUCGCGCCGGGGGGACCAACAACAGCAGCAGCCGCAGCAGCAGCAACAGCAGCAGCGACAGGCCACCACCACCACCACCACCAGCCGAUACAGACGACGGCCGCGGCGGCUGCCGGCGACGACCAGAGCAAUGGCCUGCGGCUGCAGACAGAGAUGUCGCGCAUCUACGAGGGGUACAUGGGCGCCGCGUAUGGCGCUGGCGGUGCUGCAGGUGCAGGUGCUGGUGCUGGCGGUGGUGCUGGUGCGGGCGCUGGCGGCGGCGCACCGGCGGCUAUGGGCUACGGCGGCGCGCCCGGGCAUAUGUUGGCCGGGCUUGGCGGCGACGCGUUUGCCGCGCAGGUCGGUGAUGGCGGGUUUUAUGAGCAUAUGAGGGGCAUGUUUUGACGUGCUCGCGGCGGGCGGAUGGAAGCUUUCCCGGCCUAGUUAGUUUGGUGUGUGUGUGUUAGCGAUGGUUGCGAUAUACCCCGGAAUUGCGGGUGCCCGGUUCUGUUGUUGGAAAGAAAAUAACAUUUUUUGCGCUACCUGUGUUGCAUGUGAAGUGGAGCGUGUGCGUUGCUUGCCUUUGGACUGCCUCUCGGCUUGGGCUAGACGUCUAUAUAGGUCAGGCGAGCCACCAGCGCUAUGCUAUCGCGCUGUGCGUCAUCCCCAUCCUCAUCCUCAUCCUCAUCCUCAUCCUCAUUCUCAUCCGCAUCCUUCAUCGUCUU